GAGCGCCUGCGGGAGGCGCGGCCCCUGCUAACGCCCCGUCCACGCCCCGGGCUGGCCUGGGAGCCCUCGGCGGCGCCGGCGGACCAGCCGAGUGUGAGCCCUCCCCCUUGGAGCUUCGGGGAGGAGGGGAGGGUUUAUUUGGCGGCGGCCGCGCGUGAGGGGAGGCGGGCGCCGGCCCCAGCCUAAGGGAGCAGGAGCGCGUCUGCCGUCGUCGUGCCCGCCCCGCCGCUGCUCCAGCUCACCCUGUGUGCACAUGCACCGGCAGCAGCCAGGCGCCCCCUGGGGCCGUGUCCCCGCACCGGGGCCCUGAGUGCGGCUGUGCUGCUGCCCCCAUGAGCGCACUGGGCUGUCCCCACCCGCAGCGCUGAGCCAUCACCGAGGUCCGGAGCUGCGGGCCGGCCGCCAUGCACUGGGCCCGGGCUUCCGCGGCCCUCCUCUGGCUGCAGCUUGUGCUCCUCGGGGGCAUCGGGGCGCGGCGGGAGCCCAAGAGGCCACGGCAGCCCGGCCAGCGCACCGAGCACCCCACCGCCACCGCGUCCAACAGCGAGGGGCUGCCGGGCUCCCCCAAGCCGCCUGAGGCCUUGGGGCCUGAGUUCUCAGAUGCCCACAUGACAUGGCUGAACUUUGUCCGGCGGCCAGAUGACGGGGCCUCGAAGAGACGGUGCCGGGGCCGGGACAAGAAGUCGCGAGGCCUCUCUGGCCCCCCCGGGCCUCCUGGGCCCCCUGGGCCCCCCGGCCCCCCCGGUGCAGCAGUCAACCAGGAGGCCCUGUUGCGAGAGUUUCAGGAGAUGCUGAAAGAGGCCACCGAGCGCCGGUUCUUGGGGCUGCUGAGCCCCUUGCUGCCUGAAGGGACAGGCAGGUGGCUGGUGGCUGAGGCCUUCCACUGUGGACUGAAGGGCCCUACAGUGGUGGACGAGAGGACACUGCUGGAGCUGCGUGGCUUCCAGGCUCCCACUGCCCAGGGCGCCUUCCUGCGGGGGUCCGGCUUGAGCCUGGCCUCGGGCCGGUUCACAGCCCCAGUGACCGCCAUCUUCCAGUUUUCUGCCAGCCUGCACGUGGACCACAGGGAGCCGCAGGGCAGGGCACGGCUGCGGGCUCGGGACACAGUGCGGGCGCUCGUCUGCAUUGAGUCCCUGUGUCAUCGACACAUGUCCCUGGAGGCCAUCUCGGGCCUGGAGAGCCGAGGCAGGGUCUUCACCAUGCAAGUCCAGGGUCUGCUGCACUUGCAGGCCGGACAGUACGCCUCCAUCUUUGUGGACAACGGCUCUGGGACGGCCCUCACGAUCCAGAGUGGCUCCAGCUUCUCCGGCCUGCUCCUGGGCACGUGAGGGCCAGACAGGGCCCCCCACCCGCGCCCCCCACUGUCCUCUGUAAAACCUGUGGUGACAGCAAUAAAGAGCUCUCAGCCCUC